UAUAUGUUCUUCCUUCCUUGGUUACGGAUGUGCUUGCUUUCUCUUGUUGUCUAUGUCAAUUACCUAAUUUUCUGUUUUAUCCUUGUCUCUUCCAGGAAAUAUGGGUUAACUUUAGUGAUAGUCGGAAGGCAAAACGUGCUGUUUUGCUGGAAGAGUUUCAAACUUUUGAGGACAAGUCCAGCGCCAUUAAUGAAAGUACUGGUGUCAGCAAAAGGCUUAUUAAGAUGAUCAUGAACUGUCGCUUCCCUGAUCAGAAAAUGGCUGUUGGAAAGCCUGAAUAUAAAAAAAUUAUUGAAGAGAGACUGAAAAUAGACUGCCUGUAUAAUACAGCUGUAAUGGAGGUAAUGUGGGGCGUACAGCAUUGCAUGCGAAGUUUGGUGCCUGAGGAGAAAUCACAGCUGGCUGAAGCUGACCGUCUCCCGCUGAGUCUAGGACUGCAAUAUGUACUGAGUCAUUAUGGCUGUGAUGUCGAAUCAGAUAUGGUCAGUGAGCAAAUCGUUGCCACGGCUUCUGCCUUGUUUCAGUGUGAUUCUGUUGAGAAGAAGUAUUCUAGAGCCUUGCGCAAUGCAGGUGAUCUCAUUAAGGAUGUAUGUGGCAUCAACUGUGAGGGUUGGACGUUACUGAAAAUUGCAAAAGCUCUGAAGAUGAUAUGGUGGCCUGAAUUUGGCGAUUCCUGUGAGGGAUUGAGAGCACAUCAGAACAGAAGCGAGACACGAAAAAGAAUGAAUCACGAAGAUGGUGCAGAUGAUUGGGGUUCUCAAAGGCCAGAAACGCCGCCACCUUUCGAUGCAUCAGAGUACAGUCAGCUCAUCUCUGCAGGGCCGUUGCUGCCGCUGCUAGAACAGUAUGCAGGCGUAGGUUCUUAUGACCAGAACACUCUUAGGGGGGCCCCGUGGCAAGUGCAGUCACAAGGCGCUAACGCUGACAAAUGUACGGGCAGCCAACUCCAACUAGCUAGUAUGGCUAAUCAAGAGCCUUCGUGCAGCACGUGGAAUCGGGCAGCACCCAUGUACCUGCCAUCGACGUCGUACACAGGUUAUUACGCUGGCGGUGAUCCGGCAAACGUCUCCUGGCAAGCUUCGCAAAUUCCUGGUGGAUCACGUCAUUAUGGUGUAACAAACCACACAUGAUGGUCAAAUACAACACAACAAGGUAGAGGGAAAAUAU